AUGGGGAAGACCAAGUCCGAGAGGCCAUCCGCGCGGCGGUCGCCGUUCCACCUGGCGACAGGCGCCAUGACCUGGUCCAAGACCAUGCAGCCGCACUCGGCGGGGGACGACCACUACUUUGUCUCCCGAUCGGCUCGAGCCUACGGCGUCUUUGACGGCGUCUCGGGCUCAAACGGCAAGUACGGCACCGGGGCUGCCGAAGAGGCUGCAAACUUCAUGUGCUUCAACGCAUAUGCCGCUGCGCACAAGGCCGCCGCAAGACGCCGUCCCGUUGAUCCGGCCGCCAUCAUCAUCAAGGCUCACAAGAGACUCGCACGCCUCGCCUCCGUUCGCGGCUCCACCACAGCCCUCGUCGCCGCUCUCCACUGGCGAUCGACAAAGUCAGCGCUGCUCACCGUCGCAAACCUUGGCGAUUGUGGCGUCCUCAUCGUUCGCCCCUACGUCCACCCGCCACCUGCUCCCGCCUCGGGCAUUGACCACGGCUCAACUGCCGCAUCGAGCUCGGCCUCCGUCUCGGCCUCGGCCUUGUCCAGCGACCCCUACUCACCGGCGCCAUCGUCAUCUUCGUCAGUCAAGCUCGUCGGCUUCACCGAGCCUAUGCGCCACGACUCGGGCAUGGCCCAUCCCCACACACUCUCCGCCACCACCCGCCACAUCGACCGCAAGAUCGACCGCACCGCCUUUGUCGUCCAGCCCGGCGACAUCGUUGUCUUUGGCACAGAUGGCCUCUUUGACAACGUCGACAACAAUACCAUCGUCAGUGCCCUCACCCGCCAUGCCACCGCCUCUCCACACUUUCUCGCCAAGCUCCUCGCCCGCCUCGCCCUCCACGGGCCCAAGCCCGACGACAUCACCGUCCUCGUCGGCCGCGUCUACGAGCUGUAACCUUGCGUCAUCCCGAGCAAUCCGCCUUCCGCCUUCCGCCUCCCUCCACGCACCCAAAGCACCGCGCACGUGUGAACGCCAAAUCAUCGCAUACCGU